AUGCCCGAGAAAUCGCCCAUACUGUGCCAACUUGAAUUAAGAAACCCUGCAAUGACUUCUGCAUCAAAGAAAUGCGGUAUCCACGCCGACGAAUUGGACAAAAAACUUAUUGAAAGGAAACGCCAAGAUACUUUAGAUAUGUGCCGAAUAUUUAAUGCAGAGAGUGAAAAGAUAUCCGCACAUCAAAACCCAGUUACACGACGAGCUGGUUACGAUAAAAGACCCAGAAGGUACAAAAGGGAUGUGGAUAUAAUAAAAAAAGAUCUUAGCAUUGAUACCGCGCGGAGAAUUGAAAGUAUUGUGGACAAAUUAUAUGAUGACGUAACAGAAAACGGUGAGAAAGUCGCAUACAGACGUAGGGAUCUAGAAAGCACUGGAAAGGACCUGAUGAAUAAAACCAUAAGAAGAUUUAACUUUGCUCCGGCUGAAUUAACUAGAUCUAUGGGAAGUUUACCUAAGGAUGAAGCGAGACCUUUUACUGAAGAAGAGUCUGCGAAAAUGCCAUGGCGAAAGAAAUGGAAGCACGGCAUUGUACCUUAUUUUAUUGAUUCUAAAACUUAUGACUCUGAACUUGCCGACAUUUUAAUAAAGGCGUUUGAUUACUUCGAGAAAGCUACAUGCAUUCGUCUCCAGAGACUUCGCGAUAGACCCACUGACAAGAACUCUUUGCAGAACAUUGAAUGGCUGUAUAUUACAAAUCCUUCAGGCAUAAAGCAAUGCGUACAUAGCAAUGAACGUAAAGUCAAUAAGGGUGUUCAGAUGGUGGUGUUCGGUUAUGAUUGCCUCUCUAUAGGUGAAAUCGUACAUGAAAUAAUGCACGUCUUGGGAUUUUCACAUGAGCACACUCGGCCCGAUAGAGACCAGCAUGUCACCAUACUGUGGGAUAAUAUUAAGCCAGGUUAUAAAAAAUAUUUUGAAAUUAGAACCGAUGACACUUUACAAAGUAUUCCAUAUGAUUACGCCAGUGUGUUACAUUAUCCUCCACGUGCAUUCUCUAAAAAUGGCAAAGUCACUAUAUUGACUGAGUCAGGAGUGAAACUUGGGCAAAGGGAAGGACUGAGUGAAACAGAUGUUGAAAAAAUUGGAUUAAUAUAUGGUAAUGAAUGUGUAGAUCGUAACAGACAGUAUCUUUUAAAAACUUGUCCAAGUGUUGUUAAAGUGAAUACACAACCGAAAAACAUCACACAGGCAGAAAUCAUUCAUUAUUUCAAAGAUAGAUUAUGGCCCUAUGGAGUGGUCAAUUACAAAAUUAAAGAUGAAUUGGAAUUCUCGGCAGAAGAAAAAGAGAAUAUUAAAACAGUACUUCGUCAUAUUGAAAAGGAAACUUGUAUUGAAUUUCGAGAUCUUACAAAAGAAGACACACUCGAUUCGAAUGAUGACGAGCAAAAUUCAUCAAUAAACAAAAAGGAUUCGAACAUCCCCAAUCAAAAUGAGUCAGAAAACGAAAUUAAUAAAGAUGACGACAAUGAUAAUAAGCCUAACCACAUUUCGGAUGCGAUAUUGCCACAUGGUAUACAAAAUACGACGCAAGAUGCUGCAAGUCUUCAUGCGUCACCAAGUCGUCGACACGCUGAAAAUAUAUUAACGUUCACCAGAUCACCAGAGCCAGGCUGCAAUUGUCCUGAGCCCGGAAAACCUAACGGAGAUAGAAUGCUGAAAAUUAAUUCAGAUUGUUUCAAUUCAGUAAAUGAUCUACUUCACUUAUUCGUUCAUAUACUGGGAUUAGAUCAUCAACACAAUAUGCAUGACCGGGAUUCAUUUUUACACAUACUUUGGGAGAAUCUUACCGAAGAUAUCAGAACGGAAUUGAAACAACUUUUGUCUCCAGCUGCUUCUGUUGGCUUUCCAUAUGAUUACCAAAGCGUGAUGCAUUAUCCAUGGUUACAAAUAAAAAAUGGCGUUACAAAUCUUAUGUAUCCCAUCUGGAAUGACGGCUGGGCAAUGGGUCACUGGCAAGGUCUAUCUUCAAUGGAUGUACAGAAAAUUAAUCUUUUGUACAUGGAGCAGUGUCUGGAGAGAAGUCGACUGGCACAAAAUCCAAGUUAA